AUGAAGGUUGACAAGCAUGAUCGACCAGAAUUCUCUUCUCUCUUCAUCUUCAACUUCUCCGCCAGCCCCUUCAACCACCAUUUCUUCUCCCAUAUAUUUCCCGACCGCAGCCCAUCCCCGUCCCUGUCUCCGUCCCCGUUCCCGAGAGCUUGUGAUUACUCCUUUGGCAGAUGGGUUUGGGAUGAAACUUAUCCCUUCCAAUCCUACACUGAGAAUUGCCCGUUUCUUGAUCCGGGGUUCCGGUGCUCUCGAAGCGGCCGGAGAGAUGAAGGCUACCGGAAGUGGCGGUGGCAGCCGGAGGGAUGCGAUCUCCCGAGACUCAAUGCGAGUGAGCUGUUGGAGAGAAGUCGAAACGGGAGGAUAGUGUUUGCUGGCGAUUCGAUCGGGAGAAACCAGUGGGAGUCGCUGCUAUGCAUGCUAGCACAUGGAGUUUCAAACGUUUCAACAAUAUAUGAAGAAAGUGGGAAGUCAAUAAACAAGCACAAGGGAUUUCUCACAAUGCGAUUCCAAGAAUACAAUCUUACAGUUGAAUAUUACAGAGUUCCUUUUCUGGUCAUCAUCGGCCGACCUCCUCGAAACUCGCCCAGCGAAGUUCACGCCGCAAUUCGAGUUGAUGAGUUGCAUUGGUAUUCCAACCAGUGGGUUGGUGCAGAUGUCCUAGUUUUCAAUGCUGGCCACUGGUGGAAUCUGGACAAGACUGUUAAAAUGGGUUACUAUUUCCAAGAAGGCGGGAAACUGAAUAUGAGUAUGGGUGUGAUGGAAGCAUUUCGGAGGUCACUGCAGACAUGGAAACAAUGGGUAGAGGAAAAUUUGGAUCCAAACAGAACCCAUGUUUUCUUUCGCAGCUAUUCUCCUGUUCAUUACAGGGGUGGGACAUGGAACGAAGGGGGUCACUGUGACACUGAUGAGGAGCCAGAAAGAGACUACACACAGCUGGAAGAUGAACCAGAAACCAAUACUUUCAUUUCAAAUACUAUCAAACAAAUGGAUUCUGUAAAGCAUAAAGUUCAGUUCUUGAAUAUUACAUAUUUAACAGAGUUCAGAAAGGAUGGCCACCCUUCCAAGUAUCGCGAGCCUGGCACGCCUGAGGAUGCUCCACAAGAUUGUAGCCACUGGUGCCUGCCUGGAGUACCAGAUACGUGGAAUGAAUUUGUUUAUGCCAAUCUUUUGUCAAAAGGAUUCAGAAAGUAGUGCUAAGUCCGUCCAAAAGAAUUA